AUGAUCACUGUAUUGACGGCCAUCUCGGCUGCUCCCUAUGCAGCUGGGCUAGGCUUGUUCCUUCUUGGAUAUUUCCUCGUCUUCCCUUAUAUUGAAUAUCUUCGGGAUCCAAAAGGCCUGAGGAGAUACCCAAAUCUCACCCCCUUCUCCGGAUUCUCAGCAGUGCCAUUCAUGAUCAUGGCUUCGCGUGGUUUCCGGUCAAUGGAAUUGGCCGAGUUGCACAAGAAGAACCCCGUCAUUCGAACAGGGCCAAACCAGCUGUCUUAUGGUGAUGUCAAGGCCAUAAAAGACAUCUAUGGUCAUAGUACCAAGUGUAUCAAAGAUGGAUCGUAUGUGAUUACCUCUGGAACCCACUACAAUCUGGCAGAUGUUGUGGAUAAGCCCGAUCAUGCCCGAAAGCGCAAGGUCCUCUCUGCUGCAUAUGCCCUUAAGAACCUGGAGACGUGGGAAUACAAAGUCACCGACAAGGUCCAAAGAAUGUUCAAGCACUUUGACCAAGUUUGCACUGCACCUGCCUCUGCGGAUGUCUCAUCUGGAAAAAUUGCACCUGAUCAGAAGGACCUCACACUUGACCUCCGAGCGUGGACCAACUUCUUCACCCUUGAUGCAAUUGCCGACAUUGGUCUCUCGGAGAAACUAGGCUUCUUGGAUUCCGGUACUGAUGUUUGCAUCGCCGAAAGGAAGGAUGGUUCAACUUACGAGACGAACUUGCGUGAAGCCCUCUACCCAACAGCUCGAAAGCAAUCCCUCAUCGUCUGGAACUACCAAUGGUAUCCCGUUGUCAACAAACUAAUCAACGUGAUUCCAUUCUUUAACCGAAUGCAAACAUCCGCCGACAACUGGGAAAAUAUCAUGUGGCGCCGGGGCAAUGAAAGACUACGACGGUAUGAAGCCGGCGAAAAGCUCGAGGACUUCUUCCAGGCUCUGAUGGAAGACAAGAACGGAAACCCCAAUAACCUCGAAUGGGGCGAGGUGGUUGCCGAAUGCAACAUCAUGAUGAACGCCGGUAGUGUGACUACGGCCGUUGCCAUCGCCAAUGUCAUGUACCAGCUCCUCCGCAACCCUCGAACCCUAGCUAAGCUCCGAGCGGAGCUUGACGCGGUUCUCGAUGAAGACGAGGUUGUAGCCGAUUACGACAAAGUCAAGCAUCUGCCCUAUCUCCGAGCGUGCUUGGAUGAAUCUCUACGAAUCUUCCCACCGACAUCACACGGCCUUCCACGUGAAACACCUGCCGAAGGUACAAAUAUUCUCGGUGAGUGGGUUGCCGGUAAGACGACAGUGAGCAUGUCUGCACUCGUGGCACACCGUGACGAGAGUGUGUUCCCAAAUGCAGACCAGUAUAUUCCUGAGAGAUGGCUCGGAGAAGAAGGCAAGGCAUUGCAGCCGUAUUUGAUUGCCUUCUCUGCUGGUGCUCGGUCUUGCAUUGGUCGCAAUAUCUCAUAUCUGGAGCAGACUAAGGCUGUUGCUUCUAUGGUGCAUCGGUAUGAGUUUGCUCUUGCUUAUCCCGGUUGGGAAUUGAAGCGGUUGGAGACGAUGAAUUUGAUUUUGGGUGAUAUGCCGGUGAAAAUUUGGCGUCGGGAUUUGGGGACUGAAGUAUAG